AUGGCGAGUGCACCGAUGACGACCGCUCCAUACGGUCCGGGGCCUUCGUACUCGGCUCGAGCCCCGGACCCAGCCCGACGUCACCAUCCUGUCGGGUCCGCACCGUUAGAUGUGGGCAUUCUAAAAAACACCAUCAUCCCCUCAUUGAAAUUGCAUUCAGGGCUGGCGGUCGCCGCCUAUGUCGCAGGCCGCGCUACCGAUCGAUUGGAGACGAAAGAUUGGCUAUGGCCUACAGGUCAGGUUGCGAACGUGUGGUGGUCGGCGGUCGGCCGGCACCUAGUCCGCGGGGCUUCGCUUUCGUCAAUCUGGCAGACCAUGAAUAGAACCGAAACUUUGCUUUUGACCGGUGUCACCCUCUGGGGAGGACGCCUUUUUUACCGCAUUGCCGAGCGCUCCGUUCAACGCGGCCACGAUGAGCCACGGUAUGAAGGCGCCAAAAAGGAUCCUGGAUUCUGGAAUAAGGCCUUUUUUACAGUUUACCUACCUGAAGCUUUGUUUCAAACGGUCAUCACAUUGCCUUUUGCCAUUACCUUCCGUCAUCAAACCGUAGGCACACUGUUGGCCGCAUCUCCCGAAUGGAUGAACGCGGCUGCCGUUGGUCUCUUCAGUGCAGGUUUCGCCCUUGAGGUCUUGGCCGACUGGCAGUUGGCCCGUUUCAAGAAAGAGAACGUGAAUGAGAACAGCAUGUGCAGGGAUGGGGUUUGGAGCCUCGUUAGGCACCCGAACUACCUCGGCGAUACGCUGAUUCACUUUUCUUUCCCGCUUUUGUUGUACGCAACUGGUAUGCUGCAUCCUAUCGAGCUCCUCGGCCCUCUGGCGAACUACUUUUUCCUGAGGUACGUGGGCGGUGAUAAGGAAAACGAGAGCAGUCAAGAGUCCCGCUACUUGAGGGACAACCCUGAGAAGAAGGUGGACCUCGAUCGAUAUCGCCAGCAAAACAAUUCUUUCUGGCCCGAUGCUAGCCAGGUGAAGAACAAGUGGGCUUGGGUUGUUAUUGGAUGUGGACUAGCUGGUGCUGCUAUCGAGAAGAUGAGCCGGGUGCUGAUCUAG